UAUGCACUGCCCGUUCAAUCACAAAUGCUUUAGUUGGAGUCGGUUGAUUUGGUGGACUUUUAUAUUAGAUUUUGGGUUACUUCUUGCCUUGUCUAUAUAAAUACUACCACUCCAAUCUUCCUAGAUAUAAUAACUUACUCAAAAACAACUUCAAUUCCCUCUAAUUCAUCAACUCAAACAUAUUAGAAACAUAUAAUACACAUAUGGAUUCUCUAAAAGCUUUAUCGUCUCUUCAUUGUGAAAUGAAGAUAAUAAGUGCUAAAAACAUCCAAGUUGCCAACUCCAAUGGAUAUUUGUUUGUUAGAUGCUAUCUUUCAACCGAAAAUAACAAAAGGGUACGUAUAGACAGCCGAAAAGUAUUUCCUAAUGAAGUCGUUUCAUGGAACGAAGCGUUCUCCUUGGAUUGUAUAGGGGCAAACCAAUCCAUGGAUAUGAUCAUUCAUGGAAAGAUUGUUUUGGAGAUUCGUUGGAGGAGCAAUUCAGUUUCUUUGUUUAGCACGGCGUCGUCACAACUCCUUGGAAGAGCUGAAGUGUGUUGGAGAGAUAUUUUCGACUCGCCAAAGAUGGAAAUGGAAAGAUGGGUGAUGAUGAAAUCAAAGAAAAAAGAUGUAAAAGCACCAUCGAUUAAGAUAGCUAUGAAGAUUGAAGCUCCUCAAAGUGUUGUAUUAGUUGAAAAGAGGAAGACCAAGAAAUGGGAAGAAAGAUGUGCUUGUUGCCAUGAUGAUUGUUGUAACAAUACUUGUGUAGAUAGUGAACUUUUUGUAAUAGGAGCUACAUUGGAUGCAUUUUAGAUGUAAUACAUAUAAAU